AUGGCGCCGCCGCCGCGACGCGGCCCGACCCGGCCGGAAGGCGCCGCGCGGCCCUUCCCGCCCUCGCCCGUGUCCCAGCGUGCCSUGCGCGGUUGCCGUGGCGACGCGGAGCGGGGCCGCGGCGCCGAGGAGCGAUGCCCGCGGGCAGGACGUCUUGUUUUUCUGCCUAGUACUUUGUGGGAUCUUGCUGUAGCUGAAGUGGAGAAAAGGGAAAACGCUGAAGGUGAUGGCGAGAGUGCGGAAGUUUCGGAAAAGUCCGUGUUGUUUGUGGGGAGCAAAAAUGGGGGAAAAACUACUAUAAUACUGAGGUGUCUUGACAGGGAAGAGAUUCCAAAACCAACAUUAGCCUUGGAAUAUACUUUUGGAAGAAGAGCAAGGAGACACAAUAUACCUAAAGAYAUAGCUCAUUUUUGGGAACUAGGAGGUGGGACCUCCUUACAGGAACUGAUUCGAGUACCGAUUACUAGCAGCAACAUAAGAGCAUUUUCUAUAGUUCUUGUAUUGGAUCUGUCUAAACCUAAUGAACUCUGGACUACAAUGGAAAGUCUUCUGCAGGUCACCAGGAGCCAUGUGAACAAAAUUCUGACAAAACUGGGGAAGACGAAUCCUGAAGUAGCUGCUGAAAUUAAACAGAGGGUAUGGAACAAUCUACAGAAGGAUCAUCCAGAUUAUGAGUUAGUUGACCCUUUUCCAUUACCUCUCGUGAUAAUUGGAAGCAAAUAUGAUAUUUUUCAUGAGUUUGACUCUGAAAUGAGGAAAAUCAUAAGCAAGACUCUUCGAUUUGUUUCACAUUACUAUGGAGCAUCAUUAGUGUUUACCAGUAAAUCUGAGGCUCUGCUGCUGAAAACCCGUAUUCUAAUUAAUAACUUGGCAUUUGGCAUCGACAAAAGCAAGUCAGUGUCAGUGGAUCAUAGCAAACCUCUGUUCAUACCAGCAGGCCUGGAUUCCUUGCACCAAAUAGGACCACCACCUGCCUCUGAUAGCGACAUUGGAAAACUGCAUGCAAAUACACCCUUGGAGCUGUGGAAAAAAGUAUUUGAGAAAACAUUUCCUCCAAAGAGUUCCUAUGAUUUACAGUAUCCCAAGGACCCUGCACAGGAUUCACAAUAUGCCGAGUAUGAAGUUGAUGUCAUGAGAGCCCAGAAAAAUGAGGAACUUGACCAAUACAAGAGAAAUGCCUCUCAAACCUGGAAAGAAAUGGAUUUUGGUCUGGACUGAUGAGCUGCUAGAGCUACCUUUAGUUKAACAUGUACAAAGUUGGGUUUUUUAAGCAUUAUGUGACCAGUUCAUUUUGAUGCAGUUAAAAAGCUACAACAUCAAACUACAAAAAUAACAAGGUAUUUAUUAAGCAUUCCUGUUAUUUUUAUUAAUAUUAACUAUUUUUAUUAAAGUAUGUUAGUUUAAAAGUCAGUCCAAAUUAAAGUAUGUCUUAGUAUUGAGACACAGCUCUAAAAGUAGGGUGUGGGUGGGAMGAGAAAUUCAGGUUUUUCAGAGUUGGGUUUGUGUGUGAAGACCAGCAAUAGUCAUUCCUACCUCUCGUUAUUUGGUUUUGAAUGAUUAAAUCUACAUUUAAAUGUAUGCAUGCUAGCCAUCAUGUUCCAGUUACUUGCAUCUGUAAUUCAAAGGCAAAAUUUAAGAUUGUAUUUGGACCAUAAUUUGGUAACUUUUUUUAUUA